AUGAGUGCACUAUGUCAAGAUCCAUUGUUAGCUGUGACCACUUUGCUCAUUAACGCCAUUGGAAGCAUUUCGAUAGUACUAGUUGCAAACCUGUCAUCAUGGUCAUCGGAACGUCAAACUGAAGCAGAGUGUAUCCAGAACUAUCUUUCCAAUCAGCAAAUAGGCAAUAUCGCUUUAGGAGUUGUCGUCUCGAUAUGUUUCGUUGCUGUCCUUGUUACACUGCUCACCAUGACCAUUUUAAAUCCACGUCGACAUGGUAUGGCCCGAUGGAAAUCGAUCCUUACAUUUCGUGAGAGUCGAACGUUUUAUGAAGGAAUGUGUUCAGUGGGUACCACUGCUGCGUUGUUGAUGGUUUGGCUUUGGUUUCGAAUUCGACCAGGAAAUUAUAUCGAAGAAAAUGCAAAGGCAAUGAGUUCAGAGAAAUGUGAACGUCAUUUCAAUGAUGUCAAAUUGAUCAAGUAUCUUGUUAUAGCCAUUUGCUCGAUUUGCAUGUGUUUCAUGACAUUCUUGUAUUGUUGUUCUGUCUAUUAUCAACGUGGAAAUACUACUCCAUCAGCAAACACUAAUUCAAGAAAUUAUGUUUACUCUGACUCCGAAUCAGAUUAA